AUGGGCUUCAGACUAAGACUUGAGGUUUUAUUGGGUAUAAUGCGUGUUUUUCUUUGUUUAGCUAUGGCUAGAUAUCAGCUGCUCGUUAUCGACUCCAACACCGCGGCACAAAGAUGUUCUACUAAUCAGCCACUAAAUGUGUUCUGUCUUGAUUUUGCCAAGUUGCCCAAGAAGGAUCCAUUCUGUGAAAUCCUCUUUGGCAUCAGUGAUCUUGAAUUAAAUAAUUUAGAUACCUUGGAGGACGUUGAGUAUGAAAGGACUAAUGUAGAUGUUUCCUUGAAGGAUGGUUCUCACAAAUUACAAGCACAUACUUAUGUUUGGGGAAACAAAAAUGACCCAUACUUGUUUGGAGAGUGGGAUCUCGAGGUAAAGUUUCAGACUUUUCUUUUUUACUGUGGCAAACAAACGUGCUUCACAUGAUGAGAGAACAGCAAGCUCACCCCUACAUGCUUAUAAAUUCCAAGCUGAACGCUGUAAGAGUUUACAUUUUGGCUGUGUCAAACUUCUUAUAAACAAAACUAUUUUCCUGUUUAUCAGUCUAACAUAAACGGCUAAAUUUUCUUGCAGCUGUG